CUUCGACGGCAUUCGUGACAUUGUCUUGGUUGACGCACCAGGAUGCAACAAUUCAUUCAUGACAGAUUUCCAGGUUCUCUGGGAAAUUGCAGAGUGGUUGAAUGCGGUGGACCACUGAAUCUGCUCGGGAUAUAAUUAAUUCGGUUUCAAUUUCACGGCCGGCUGAGCGUCGCCCGCUUCAAAUCCAACGGGAAAUAGUAGAUAAACACCUACCACUUGAUAGAACAUCUGCAGGAAAAACAGUUUCCAGGCUUCUCAGCCUCAGGAUCGGCUCCAAUGGGAUUUUGGCACGGAUUAGAAAGGCUAUGGGGAGGCCGAGUUAUCGGACGACGAGGAUCACUGUCACCUUCACCUAUGAUCCCACCGAUGCGGAGUCCGUUGAGACGGGAAUAUACACUUCCGGAACUUGCACCGCGGAAGGUUAUCGAAGUGCUUUGCCGCAGGUAACAACUACUUUGCGGACCGCCUUUGACGCACCAGAAGUUGCCCAUAUCGAUUAUCUGAAGGACGCAAUUGCACCAUGUCUUAGCAUUGCUCUGUCUAUUGAGACCAUGGCGGGAACGCACCAUGCGCAUUUCCAAGUUUUGGAAACCGCUAUGCUGCUGAUAAAUGCUGCCGUUGACCGUGCGAAAGAGGCGACGUUCUCGCCAAAUAUACAGGCAGCGGUCAGCAAGUUUGCGAAGUAUGAUGAUAAUGAAUGUCACACGUGUAAACUUAAUACCUUGCCAGGGAAAUAAACUGCGUGUGGGAAAUAAUCCAGGAUCUCGU